UUAUCAAUUCCACGGUCAUAUUACAGUAGACCAAACAGAGACGAUAAGGAUUAUUUUGAUUUUGAUCUUCAACACUCUGUUGAUAUGUAUCGCCGCCCUGAAGGGAAAUACCUUCCAACACCUCCACAACAUUGGGAAACAAAACUUUUAAAUGAAUACAAAGCAAAAGGAGAAGCACCACUCUCUGGGUAUAUGUUCACAAAAGGGCCGAGUGAUUACAGGGCUGCGGGGACUAGUUAUUUAAGUGCUGCUUUAAGAACUCCGAGUUUCUGGGAACACCGUUUUGCUCAAAUUGGUGCUUCUGUGCGUGAGGCGGAUCCUGUAAGCUUCGAAAGUUUGGAAAGAAACAGACCACGACCUAGUCGAUUCACAACAUAUUCAGACCCAAAUUUUGAAGAUUAUGAAGAUCCACGAGCAGAUGACACUUGAUAUUAUUAUAAAUUUAAACAUAUUUUAUUGUUAAUUUUUUAAAUCAUUAAUUUUCUUUUUAAGUUUGUAUAUGCAUAUUUUUUGGAUUUUUAUAAAAAUUUAACUUUGAUAUCUUUAAUUUUUUCUGGUAAAAUUUAUUAUCUAUUUAAAAUUUAUGUUUAACUUUGCGGUCAAUUUUUUAGACCAGUAAUUUAAAUUAGUAUUUAUAAAAUGCCUUUUUGAUAUUAUUUAAAAUUACUUUUUCCCUAAAACUAUUUUCCCAUUUUCUUCAAUUCUUUCUUUAUAUUUGAAUGUCACUCCCACAAGUACAUAUGUAUAUUUAUAAACCUCUUUUACUCAAAACCGCCAUUUCUCCUCAUUCAACUAAUUAUAUUCAAAUAUUUUUUUAUUUU